AUGGCGCGCCGGGCCUAUGUGGCAGCCCUCUACCUCUCCGUCGCUUGCUUGCUCUGCGCGGCGCUGUCAGGCUCCGUAGCAGGACAGGCAUGCGACGACAAGCAGCCGGGCGACUACACGUGUGAGCAGCAGAAGGCAUGGGGCAAGUGCGGCGAGGCCUGGCUGCGCGACGGAGGUUUCUGCCGCCUGACGUGCGGGGCAUGCAGCUCCGAAGAGGAAAGCUGCAAGUCCGUCAUGGACUUGCUCCGUACAGACUCGGACCUGAGCGUGAUCGCGGACUUGGUGUCGGCGUCCGGCGCGCUUGGGGCGAAGCUGAGCGACGCAUCCAUCAGCUCCACGCUGCUGGCGCCGACGAACGACGCAGUCAAGGAGGCACUGGACAAGGCCGGGGUGUCCGUGGAGGACUUCGAGGGAUCGCAGGCCCUCCCGCUGAUCCUUUCGUUUCACCUCCUAGACUACCCGAAGCCCUUCGACUGGAUGGUGCCGAACAUCGAGCUCGGGACGCUCCUCGCGGACAGGGACGGCAGCCCGCUGCGCCUGAAGGUGUCGCGGGACGACGAGGGGCGCGUCACGAUCGUGGCCGGCGUGACGGCCGUGGCGGAGAAGCUCGAGUCCGCCCCUCCGGCUCGGUCGCAGUGCAGCCAGGUGCUGCGCAUCAACAAGCUGCUCCUGCCGCCCAGUCCGUAG